AAUGUGACCAUUCAAUUUGGACUUCUAGCUGGAUUGUUAUUAUGUGCAGCACGAAUUUCUAAAAAUGAGAUGUCGAUUGGAGAUUUCGCCAUGUACCUUUCCUACAUAUUACAACUUUAUGCACCCCUUAAUUGGUUCGGGAAUUACUAUCGUGUGAUUCAAAAAAAUUUUGUUGAUAUGGAAAAGAUGCUUGAUCUUCUCCAAGAACCACCAGAAAUUAAAGAUUUACCCAACGCUGCACCUUUAGUUGUAAAAAAAGGAGAGGUUGUUUUUGACAAUGUGUCCUUUAGCUAUGAUUCAAAAGUUCCAACUCUAAAGAACAUUUCAUUUUCUAUUCCGAGCGGUUAUACUGUUGCUUUGGUGGGUCCAUCGGGAGGUGGAAAAUCAACAAUUUUGCGUCUACUUUUUCGAUUUUACGACGUACAAACAGGGCGUAUUCUUGUUGAUGGGCAAGAUAUUCGUCAUGUCAAGCAACGUGAUUUGAGAAACUGUAUAGGUGUUGUUCCUCAG